GGUUCAGGAAGGCUGUACCUUCCAAGUACCUCAGCCAGUGGGAAAGGAAGAGGGCAACAUAAGGCUGGGAGUUUAAAAAGAAGACUGCAUCCUCCAAAACCUUGAGAGAGAAAACCUCACAGGUAUGUGCCCAAGUGGGCUCUCUCCCUUAAUUCAAAUAAAGUUGCAGGUCUCCUCUGUCUCUGGCUUUUCAUAGCAUGAUUUUCUGCACAAAAACAACAUCCCAGCCAGAAUAAUGUCAUAAUUGUCUAACAGUAAAAAAAUGUUGUUGGAGAGUUUGUUGGUUUUGUGUUUAUUUUUUGUUUGUUUAGGGUUUUUUUGUUUGUUUUUUCCCCCCCUGCAGUUCCAGUGACAUUUCUGCUCUGGCAAGCAUAAGUUUGUGUUGUAUUUUCCAAAGGGAGACGGUUCAUUUUCCUUUCCAAGGAAGGAUUUCUCCGCCAUGCCCCGCUGUCCCCUUGGAAUGGAGCUUCGAGCAUCAUCAUCACGCCGUAAUCCCUCCUCGGCCGUCGCCAAGGGGCUGGUCCAGCGCAGCCCGCGGGCAGGGCUGCACCAACCCCGGGCGGCUCCGCGCUGGUGGCGGCGGCUCCCUCUGUCCCUCUGUCCCUCUGUCCCUCUGUCUGCCGGAGCUCCGAUCCCUGCGGGUACCCGAUCCCUGCCGGAGCUCCGAUCCCUGCGGGUACCCGGUCCCUGCCGGUACCCGAUCCCUGCGGGUACCCGAUCCCUGCGGGUACCCGAUCCCUGCCGGUACCCGAUCCCUGCCGGUACCCGAUCCCUGCCGGAGCUCCGAUCCCUCUCCGAUCCCUGCGGGUACCCGAUCCCUGCGGGUACCCGAUCCCUGCCGGAGCUCCGAUCCCUGCGGGUACCCGAUCCCUGCGGGUACCCGAUCCCUGCGGGUACCCGAUCCCUGCGGGUACCCGAUCCCUGCCGAUACCCGGUCCCUGCCGGUACCCGGUCCCUGCCGGUACCCGAUCCCUGCCGGUACCCGAUCCCUGCCGGUACCCGGUCCCUGCCGGAGCUCCGAUCCCUGCCGGUACCCGGUCCCUGCCGGUACCCGGUCCCUGCCGGUACCUGA